GUCACGGAUUUCUCCGGAAGUUGAUAGGCACGUCUUUUUUCGAGAACAGAGGAAAAGAAAACAUGGAGCUCUUCGUGGUUUCGCCAACUUUGAGGUUUACUAACCUUACCGUGUCUCCGGGCUCGACUGUCGGCGACCUCAUCGAUCAUUUCUCCGUUAAAGAGGGUGUUUCUUUCACAGACGUCUAUGUGAAGAGUAAUGGCCGAGUCUCGGACAGGACCGACCCGCUUCAGGCUGGACUUGUGUACCGUGUGGAGCCUCGGUUAUGUGGAGGCAAAGGAGGAUUUGGCUCUAUGUUGAGGGCCCUCGGGGCACAGAUCGAAAAGACCACUAACCGCGAGGCCUGCAGAGAUCUGAGCGGGAGGAGACUGAGAGACGUCAAUCAUGAGAAAGAAAUGGCGGAGUGGCUGAAAAAGCAGGCGGAUCGAGAGGCAGAGAAGGAGCAGCGUCGUCUGGAGCGGAUUCAGAGGAAAUUGGCCGAGCCAAAACAUUAUUUCACAGACACUGAUUAUGAACAGCAGUGCCACGACCUCUCGGAGAGACUGGAGGACUCUGUGCUGAAAGGCAUGCAGGCUUCUUCUAGUGGUCUUGUCAAGGCGGACGAGGGGCCGAGUCGCAAGCGUCCUACACCAGCUGACAGUGAAAAGAAAGCAAAGAAGAAGUGUUUCUGGACUGGCCUGGGAGGACUGGAGGAGAUGAGCAGCUCUGGUGAAGGAAGUGAUGACAGCGACAGUGAGGCUUCUCUGUCCACUUCUGGAGCUUCACGCAGUUCAGAUGUUCCCAAACCAGCUGUGCUGCCGUCUGCCACCAGGGGGAGUGACCGGACAGACCCUCAGGAGCAGCCCAGCAGCUCCUCCUCCCAGAGUUCCGCACCAAGCUCCCCAACACAGGUGGAGGAGGAGGUGCAGAAGGAGUGUACAGCUGAAACAAGCCAAAACGCCGCCAGCGAACAGGAUAAAUCCUCCCAGAGUCCUGUACUGAGCUCCCCAACAGAGCUGGAGGAGGAGGUGAUGAAGAAGUGUAAAGCAGAAACCGGCCAAAAAAGCAACAGCGACGAGGAUAGUUCCUCUCGGAGUCCUGCACCGAGCUCCCCAACACAGGUGGAGGAGCUGAAGGAGUGUAAAGCUGAAACCAGCCAAAACGCCACCAGCGAAGAGGAUAAAUCCUCCCAGAGUCCUGCAUCGAGCUCCCCAACAGAGCUGGAGGAGGUGGUGCAAAAGGAGUGUACAACAGAAACCAGCCAAAACAGCAGCACUGAAGAGGAUAAAUCGCAGGUUGUUCCCACAGAAGCACCAAGCGGCCCAGCCGAGAGCAGUCAGGCACAGGAAGAGGUGGAGGGUCUGCUGGAUCUGCUUUCUGUGAAUGGUCCUGAGCAGCUGGAGGCUUUGGGUCUGGAGCGGCUGAAGAAAGAACUGAUGGAACGAGGGAUGAAGUGUGGAGGAACGCUGCAGGAACGGGCUGCGCGUCUGUUCUCCAUCAAAGGACUGAGCCCUGAUCGGAUUGACCCUGCGCUCUUGGCCAAACCCACCAAGGGCAAGAAGAAAUAGCUUGCGUAACCCAUUUAGUUUGUUUGUGUUUAGCAUGAAUUUAAAGUGUGGUUUGUAAAAAUCUAACACCUGAUUUAGAAAAAAUCCUCAGUUUGGGACAGUAAUGAGUGCUAGAUUAUUGUUAUUUUUAAAUUACAAUGACAUUACCGAACAAUUUUGAUUGAACUUUAAAGUUGAAAUUUAAUUCACAAUAUAUGGCAUUUUUAUUUGUUUUUGGGGUUUUUUUCUGUUAGGAAAAACAUGCCAUGUUAAACUCCGAUUAACUUUUGUUUUGUAAUCUGUACAAGAAAUUCUUUAUGAUAAUUCAGUCACAGUAAAUAGUUCUUUUUUUUUUUUUU